UUUGAGUGCUUUCCAGUGUCUCCCUCUUUAAGUAGCCUUUGAUUGCUCCAUUAUCGAGAGAGAGAGAGAGAGAAAGAAAGUGGGCGUUAGUAAUGGAGGCUGUUCCAAGAUCGAUCCUUUCUUCAUUCCAUGCAUGUAUUGUUUUGUAUUGUAAUGAAAGAUGAUCAAUCUCGGACCAGGCUUCAUUCCUCACGCCUUCAUUUCUCAUCCCCAAACAAACGAUCACAUAUUUACAUCUGUGUUCUUACAACUUGCUUCCUUAUAAGAUCUGGAAAAUAUGAAGAAAGCGACUGCACUAAUCUUGAUCGGAAUUCUAGUGAUAUGUUGCUGCACAGACGCAUCAAAUGCAGAUUACGUCCUAUACAGAGAUCCAAAGCAGCCAUUGAAUCGAAGAAUAAAGGACCUAAUGAAGAAGAUGACAUUAGAGGAGAAGCUUGGCCAAAUGGUGCAGAUUGAGCGAUCCGUCGCUUCACCACAAGUCAUGACCAAAUAUUUCAUUGGGAGCGUGCUGAGUGGCGGAGGCAGUGUUCCAGCCCCACAGGCGCCCCCUAAGGUGUGGGUCGACAUGGUCAACGAGCUCCAGAAGGGCUCGUUGUCAACCCGCCUCGGGAUACCCAUGAUUUAUGGGAUUGAUGGAGUCCAUGGGCAUAACAAUGUGUACAAUGCCACCAUUUUCCCUCACAACAUUGGUCUAGGUGCUACUAGAGAUCCACAACUGGUGAAGAGAAUCGGAGCAGCAACUGCUCUUGAAAUCAGAGCUACAGGAAUUCCUUAUACUUUUGCACCUUGCAUUGCGGUGUGCAGAGAUCCAAGAUGGGGUCGUUGCUACGAGAGCUAUAGUGAAGAUCCAAGCAUAGUUCGUGCAAUGACUGAACUCAUCCCCGGCUUACAAGGAGACAUACCACCUCAUUCUCGAAAGGGCGUCCCUUACCUCGCCGGACAAGACAAGGUUAUCGCUUGCGCGAAGCACUAUGUUGGCGACGGUGGAACAACCAAAGGCAUAAACGAGAACAACACAGUAGCAAGUAUGCACCAACUGCUGAGCAUCCACAUGCCCGCCUACUACGAUUCCGUCAUCAAGGGCGUCUCCACUGUUAUGAUCUCCUACUCCAGCUGGAACGGACUCAAAAUGCACGCCAAUCGCCGCCUCAUCACCGGAUUCCUCAAGAAACUCCAGCGCUUCAGAGGGUUUGUGAUAUCAGAUUGGGAGGGAAUUGACAGGAUUACCUCGCCACCUCAUGCAAACUAUACUUAUUCAAUCCUCGCCGGAGUUAACGCUGGGAUCGACAUGAUUAUGAUUCCAUACAAUUACACUGAAUUCAUCGACGGCCUCACAUUUCUGGUGAAGAACAAGUUCAUCUCGAUGAGUCGAGUCGACGAUGCAGUGAAGAGGAUUCUAAGAGUUAAAUUCACAAUGGGGCUAUUCGAGCACCCGCUGUCUGACUACAGCAUGAGCAAGUACCUAGGCUGUGAGGAACACCGGGAGCUAGCGAGAGAAGCGGUGAGAAAAUCGGCGGUGCUGCUCAAGAACAAGCAAUUGCUCCCGCUCGACAAGAAUGCACCAAAGAUCCUCGUCGCCGGCACACACGCCGACAACAUCGGCAACCAGUGCGGCGGCUGGACCAUCCAGUGGCAAGGCCAGAGCGGCAACAUCACCUCCGGCACGACCAUACUAACCGCCAUCAGGAAAGCGGUGGGCCCCGAAACGGAAGUGGUGUUCAGCGAGAACCCGGACGCGGGCUAUGUGAAGCAGAACGGAUUCUCGUACGCGGUGGUGGUGGUGGGGGAGCCGCCCUACGCGGAGACAUUCGGCGACAGCGUCAACCUCACCCUGCCCGAGCCCGGCCCGAGUACUAUAUCGAACGUGUGCGGCUCCGUCAAGUGCGUGGUGGUCCUGGUCACGGGGCGGCCCGUCGUGAUCGAGCCGUAUCUAGGGCAGAUCGACGCACUCGUGGCGGCGUGGCUGCCCGGAACUGAGGGGCAGGGCGUCGCCGAUGUUCUGUUCGGUGAUUAUGGGUUUACGGGCAGGCUUCCGCGCACUUGGUUUAAGACCGUUGACCAGCUGCCCAUGAAUGUUGGGGAUAAGCAUUAUGACCCGUUGUUUACCUUCGGGUAUGGACUCACCACAUAAUCCCACCCCGACCCGUUUGCUUUGUCGGGUCGAAUCGAUUUUCUCUCUCGUGGGCCUCGGACCUUUGCCUGAUCUGAUCCAUCUUGUGUACUAAGAAUUGAUUUGAAGUAUUUAAUCUCCUUAUUUUAAGAAUGGAGAAAAAAAAUGCACUUUUCCACCCAAA